AGAACAUGAGUGGAAACACAGAGAAGCCAGUGAUGGAAGAAGACAGCCAGAACAAGUCAUGUCAAAUAGAAACCGAGACAUUGCUUAACAGACUUCAUCUUCAAGGCAAAAUUCAACAAAAGUUGUCACCGGCAGAUUUUCUUCAAAUACGUCCACCUGUGAAACAGAUUGACCAUGUAGAAUCUGAGAAAGAUCUAGCUCACACUUUUCUCCAUAGGCUGAUAAUGUUGGACUACAGGGCCAGAUAUAUUUCUGUAAGAUCAAGCUGUAAGACCAAGGUGUCGUUCAAAGCCUCCUCCAGUGACUGGGAUGUUUUUGUGAGCAGCAGUGUGGACACACAUAAGAAAGAGCAGACUUCUGUGCAUCCAAUGGACAUUCAGAUGGCAGUAUUCCACUGCGCAGACAGCUUCCUGAAACAGAUGAUGAUUACAAAGCUCUCUCAGUGUCAGUAUGCCUUACCUUUGCUUGUUCCUGACCCAGUCACAAACAAGAUUCAGUUUCCUCUGUGGACUUUCAGAGAAAUAACAAAAACCUGGAAGCUAACUCGGUGUGAUUCAAAGAUCGUCACCAUGAAGAGUGUUCCAGUCUACAAAGCUGAAACGCCCUUGGUGUCAUUUUUCCGUCUGGGUUCUUUGUCAGUGUCUAAAUCUCAGCUGAUGAACACUUUGAUCAACAACCGUCACGACACCUUCUUCCACAGAAACUGCCCAGGAAGCACCAAGUCUCGCUGUUUGAUGGAUGGUGUGGCAGAGAUUGCCUGGUACUGCCCUGCUGGAAAACCCAAUGAUGCCUUCAAUGACUGCAUUGCCUUUUGUAAUCUCCAUGGUGACGCUCUAUUGACUGAAAAACAGCGUGACAUACUUAUUGAAAAAUCCUCCAUUAAUGUUUUUCUUUUGGCAUCUCUGCAAAACAAUGAAGAAAGUCGAGCACUCAUAUCUUGUGUUUUUAAGUCUCAUAAGCCUCUCAUUUGUCUCACUGUUGAUGACAGUUGUGAUGCUGUUAAGACAAAAAAUGGAAAGUACAUAAUGGGCCUCAAAGACCGAAACCAGCCAGAUGUAUCUGAACACCUGAAAAGCAUCAUUAGAGAAAUUUUAACUUCUCUUGAUGGUCCCAUUUUGAAACCAUCCUUCCAGCUUGAAACCAUGGCUGAGCUCUCUGGAAUCAGAGUGGAUGAAACUGACUCAGCCUGUCAAAGAGGGAAAUCUGCUGCUAUGAAAAUAAUCAAUCUGCUUACAAAGGAUAACAUGGAUGUCUCAAAGAUCAAAGAUGAAUUUCUCCCUUGCCAAGGCCAACUGUGGCAUCAGUGGAGCAAAAUACACAAAGAACUGUUUCAUCUCAGAGGAAACAUUGAAAUGGAGAAAAGUCAAAAGCAACAAGAACUGAUGAAUAUACGUCAGGAACAAUGUGCUGCUUCCUGCAGUAAACUGAUGGAGUUGUUCACUGGAAGUCUCUCAUCAUUGCCGCCAACAGAGAAAAAGUAUUUCCUAAAAUGGACUCAGAUCUUCAUAGAUGCCAUCUGCACAGAUGAUCUUUCUUCAAUUCUCCAAAGUUAUGAUGAAAAGUGGUCUGAGGUCUUGACUUUGAAGAACAAAUGGGACAAAUCAGAUCUGUUAUUAAGAAAACAAACUGAACUUGAAUACAUAUCAAAGAAACUUCAGUCUGUAACUUUUGGUUUGGAGCACAUCUUCAGAGAAAUGGGACAGAUCUAUGAAGCCCAUAAAACAACACAAAGAGAAAACAGAGACACUGACUGGUCUCAAUACCCUGAGCUGGCUGCACAGCUGAUGAUAUCAGGACACCCGAUGGAGCUGAUGGAUGGUGAUGCAGGUCAUGUGCCUUUAACAUGGAUCUCCAGUCUUUUAGAAGAAGUCAUCAAGAAACUGGGGGACCAGAGAGUUUUUGUGUUGUCAGUUUUGGGCCUACAAAGCAGUGGAAAAUCUACAAUGCUGAACACUAUGUUUGGGCUGCAGUUUGCAGUGAGUGCUGGCAGGUGCACCAAAGGUGCCUUCAUGCAGCUGCUCAAAGUAUCAGAGGAGAUGAAGAAAGACUUGAAGUUUGACUAUGUUCUAGUGGUGGACACUGAAGGACUGCGUGCUCUUGAGUUAGAAGGUAACAACACUCUUCAUCAUGACAAUGAACUGGCAACAUUUGUUGUUGGUCUGGGAAACCUGACACUGAUCAACAUCUUUGGAGAGAAUCCAUCUGAGAUGCAAGACAUUCUGCAGAUUGUUGUUCAGGAUUUUAUGAGGAUGAAGAAAGUUAAACUUUCUCCCAGUUGUGUGUUUGUUCACCAGAAUGUCACAGAUGUUGCAGCAGCAGAGAAAAACAUGGAUGGAAAGAGACGCCUGCAGGAAAAACUGGACCAGAUGGCCAAACUAGCAGCUGAAGAGGAAGUUUGUGAUGAAGAGUGCUUCAGUGAUGUCACUGAAUUUGAUGUUCAAAAAGAUGUGAAAUACUGUGCCCAGCUAUGGGAGGGCAGUCCACCCAUGGCUCCUCCAAAUCCAGGUUACAGUGAGAGCAUCCAGGAAGUGAAGAACACCAUCCUCUCUAAAGCUUCAAAGUCUGCUGGGAUCACUCUCUCACAGUUCAAAACAAAGAUUCAGGACCUGUGGACUGCACUGCUGAAUGAAAGUUUUGUUUUCAGUUUUAAAAGCACACUUGAAAUUGCAGUGUACGAAAAUUUGAUGGCCCAGUAUGGGAGCUGUACCUGGACCCUGAGGAGCAACAUGUUAACCAUUGAAAAUCAACUUCACAACAGAAUUGAAAAUGGAAAACUUGAUGAGGUUGAUGAGUUUUAUCUUUUUAAAGAAACAAGCAAAAUAUAUGAAAAAAUCAAAAAAGAAAAGAAAAUGUACUUGAAGCACAAAGAGAAAGUGAUCAUGGCUCAGUGGCAAGAACAUGAAAAUAAAAUCAAUGAGCUCUGUAAAGAACAGGUGAACAGAGUGAAAGUAAAACUGGAUGGAGUUAUCCACCACAGAAAAGCUCAUAAAAUUACUCAUGAUAGGAAAUCAGAGUUUGAGAACAAGUUGCUACAGAAGAGCAAAGAGCUCGCUCAGCAGCUGAAGGAUAAGGCCAAAGAUGAAGAAGAGCUUCAGAGACAGUUCAGCUCUGUUUGGAGCGGCUGGGUUACUGAACUAACAGCAGAUAUAAAACCUGUCGAAGACAUCAACUUGAGAGAAGAUCAGUUAAUGAUCCUUCAAGAACUUGGUUUUGAGUUAUCUCUCAUAGAUGAAUGUAAAACAAGUGGCAGAUACAAGAAAAUAUCGGAGCUUGGUGAUUAUUCAGAUUAUAUAAUGAAACGUGGACAAACACAUCUGAGACCAGUGAUUGAUGCUUACCAAAAAUACAAAUCAAGUGGUGUUUUUGCGUAUGAAGAACAACAACAGAUCAGAUCACUCGUUGACAAGGCUGAAAAAGAGUCACUUGAUGCAAUCCAAAGCAAACCUGUAGCCACAAGAGGCUACACAUCAACUUACUUGAUUCAAGGGGCCAAUCAUGUAACAGAAGAAGUGCAGAAAUUUCUGUCAGAGAAGAAAUACACUUUGAAGAAGGAGUUUACAGUUGAUCUCUUACUGUAUGUGUUCUACAGGGCAAAAAGUUGGCUCCUAGAGUCCCAUAAGAAAUUCAAAGUGAUCAAUGAUGCAAUCACUUAUUUAGAUGCCAAGAAAACACAGUAUUACAGAGUCUUUAGAAGUUUUUGUAAAGGAAACUCAUCUGCUGUUGUGUUUGGAGAACUGAUCUGUGAGAAGCUGAAAGCUUCCACUGUUGAGGCUGUCUGUAACAAGACUGCCAUUGAUCUCGCUGGAAGGAUGAUGUGUAAUUUCCCAGCAUUCAAUGGGAACAGACUGAACUUGGAGAAACAUGUGUUGAAGUCACUCGCUGAGAAAGAAGACUUUGAUGAUUUCAUCACCUACAUCACAAAUCCAAGGAAACAAACAGAAGCUUUCAUCAAAGCAGAAGUUGAGAAGCACAUCUUCAGAGAUCACAAAGAUGAAGCUGUGAAUAUACUCAAGAAAAAUGUUGAUGACAUCAAAAAAAGUGUGACUCAAGCGUUAUUUACUACAACACAAAAAGUCCAAAAUCAGAGAGGAGACACAGAAAUGUGGUUGAAAGAAUUUUCUAAUGUCUUAAAGGAUGAGCUGACAUUGGACAACAUUUGUUCUGAAAACUUCAGCGACAUAAACAAUUUUCACUUUCUCAAGGAAGAGAUACAGAAAGGACUUACAUGCAUCACUGAGAAGAUGAGCAGCCUCUCCCUGUAUAAGCUGAAUGAAUCCAGGCUGAAGCCUGAAGAAAUCCUCAUAGAUCAGCUUUGUAACUGUUGCUGGGAAAAGUGUCCAUUCUGUUUAGCUGUUUGUACCAACACCAUGAAAGAUCACAGUCCUGAUGACCACAGCACUCCUUUUCAUCGACCUGAUGGGAUAAAAGGAUAUCCCUGUAGAGAAACUGGAGAGCUCAGGGUCAUUUUCUGCACAACACUUGUUACAAGUGAAGAAGGUUUUUACCUUAGCUCUGACCCAGAGAAAGCCAUUCCCUACAAACAGUACAAAACUGCUGGUCCACCGUAUGAUACCUGGAGCAUCACCCCUGAUGGGGCUAAACUGGCAUAUUGGAAAUGGUUUGUUUGUCGAUUUCAAAUGAAACUGGAAAAUCACUAUGGGAAAAGGUUCCAGGGCAGUGGAGUAGAUCAGUGGAAAUAUAUAUCUAAAGAAGAAGCCAUUAGAAGUCUGGAAAUGUUUAAAUGA